AACCCGUCAUUUCUCUGGCCAGAUCGACGAAACUCCUGACUGGCAAGAACACUUCUGCCCGAACGAGUGCCCUUUCUCUUCCUCUUCUUUCCUCAUCCUGGAUACCCUUUGCGGCCCCUCUUAUGAUAACCCAUUUCCGAUGAUUUCUCUGCUCAUACUCAUCGUCGUCUUGACGAUCGCCACACAUCUUGUGAAUACUCUUGGUGCUACGGCGAUCAACAAUGCAGUUCGCCCCCCCCCCCCCGGAUUAACUAUUGGUAUCUUGCUGUGGUAAUAAUUCGUUACUGAUAUGAGGAUUACUGCAGCUAUGGAUGAUAUAUACAAGUCUCCCUACGAAGAUUUCGCAAGAGGUUCGGAAUCAAACGGCGUUGCAGAAGGAGGUUGUCAAGCUCCGAGCGGAUCUCCGCGGCACCAGCUCCCAGGAUGAAUUCGCCAAGUGGGCAAGGAUCCGAAGGGUCCUGGAUAAGAAGGUUGCGGACCUGGAGAAGCUAAGUAAGUAACUUUUGGUAACCUGCUGCCUCUGUAGGGGACCGCCACUGAUCGGCGCCGAUACUGACGAUGUGUGUAAUAGCCGGCUCCGUCAACGUUGCUCGCACAAAGUUCGAUACGAAAACUGGGUUCAUCCGCUGGGUUUCGACUUCUGGCGCUGGCUGGGCUAUCUCGCUGUGGUAUUGUCGUGAACCCGUUUUCUGGAUUCCUGAGGGUUGGGUGCCUGGAUAUGUCGAGUGGGGAUUGUCAUUCCCUAAGGCCCCCAUCGGGAGCGUCUCGAUUCAGGUGUGGACAUUUGCCGUUACUCAGGUACUCAGGGUCGUCGCUCCUAUCAUCGGAAGUCUGGUUACCUCUGUCAUGUUCAUGCGGAAGCCCGUUGCGCCAGUGCAGGCAGGGUCUGGAGAGAAUGGCAAGAAGGAGCUAUGAAAGAUGUCUGUAUCAUAUAGGGCUCGUGAUAUUAGGGUAACUUGAUGUUUUUUUUUAUCUCUCUUAUUUUAAUUUCCCACAUUCGCCGGGUUUACCUCACCCGGCCGCUUUUUGUGGGCCCUUCCUUGUCGCCACUGCAUGAGUACGCUCAUCGAGCUACCGUAUUCUGGUGGGCGGAAGAAAAGAAAAGAGAUGAUCUACCGGUACUGUACUGGGAAGAGCGGCGUUUUGGCGUCUUCUUAUGCUUUGUACUCUAUGAAAUGGUCAGAUGAAUAAGGAAAUAGCGCCCAGUUUGGGUUGUCUGGGCUUGC